CCGGGCGCCGCCAUAUUGGGAGCGGAAGCGGGCUGAGGCGCCGCUACUUCUUGUUUCUCCCUCCGGCUCGGAAAGUCCUGCUCUCCUCGAGGGGAAGGAGGGAAGGUUUCGGAGGCCCUUGGGAGCGUGUCCCGCCCGCCCGUCUCCUCCCCGCCGCGGGGAGGAGGAAGGAGCCCGACCCUGAGCCGAAGUGGGACUCUGAGGAAAAGCAGGCGGCGGAGGAAGAGGAGGAGGAGGAAGAAGCGGAAAAAGAAGCAAGGAACUCGGGAAGGAGGGCGCUCCGAGUAAAAGGGGCAACAUGCCGUUGGCACAGCUCGUCGACCCCUGGCAGAAGAUGGCCGUGGAAAGCGCGACGGAGAGUAGCAACAGCGCUGAGAAUGGCCAGCAAAUCAUGGAUGAACCUAUGGGAGAAGAAGAGAUAACUCUACAAACAGAAGAAGGCAAUAUUAAAGAGAUUGCAAUAACAUACCAUGUCAAAGAGGGACAUGAAAAAGCAGAUCCUUCACAGUUUGAACUCCUUAAAGUCCUAGGACAGGGAUCUUUUGGAAAGGUAUUCCUUGUCAAAAAAAUCUCAGGAUCAGAUGCCAGACAGCUGUAUGCAAUGAAAGUGCUAAAAAAAGCAACGCUGAAAGUACGGGAUCGUGUUCGAACAAAAAUGGAACGUGAUAUCUUAGUAGAAGUUAAUCAUCCCUUUAUUGUCAAGUUACAUUAUGCUUUUCAAACAGAAGGGAAGUUGUAUCUUAUUUUAGACUUUCUCAGGGGAGGAGACUUGUUUACACGCUUAUCCAAAGAGGUGAUGUUCACAGAAGAGGAUGUCAAAUUCUACUUGGCUGAAUUAGCACUUGCUUUGGAUCAUCUGCACAGUCUUGGAAUAAUAUACAGAGACCUAAAACCAGAAAACAUACUACUUGAUGAAGAAGGACAUAUUAAAUUAACAGAUUUUGGCUUAAGUAAAGAAUCUAUUGAUCAUGAGAAAAAAGCAUACUCUUUCUGUGGAACGGUGGAAUACAUGGCACCAGAAGUUGUUAAUCGACGAGGUCAUACGCAGAGCGCAGACUGGUGGUCUUUUGGUGUGUUAAUGUUUGAAAUGCUCACUGGUACUCUACCUUUCCAAGGGAAAGACAGAAAAGAAACCAUGACUAUGAUUCUCAAAGCCAAACUUGGAAUGCCCCAGUUUCUAAGCCUAGAAGCUCAGAGUCUUCUCCGAAUGCUUUUCAAGAGAAACCCUGCAAACAGAUUGGGAGCAGGUCCCGAUGGUGUUGAAGAAAUUAAGAGGCAUCCAUUUUUCUCUACAAUUGAUUGGAAUAAAUUAUACAGGAGAGAAAUCAGUCCACCCUUUAAACCUGCAACUGGUAGGCCUGAAGACACUUUUUAUUUUGACCCUGAAUUUACCGCAAAAACUCCAAAAGAUUCACCUGGCAUUCCACCCAGUGCUAAUGCUCAUCAACUUUUUCGGGGCUUCAGUUUUGUAGCCAUUGCAUCAGAUGAUGAAAGUCAAGCAAUGCAGACAUCUAGUGGGCAUUCAAUUGUUCAGCAGUUGCACAGGAACAGUAUUCAGUUUACUGAUGGAUAUGAAGUCAAGCAAGAUAUAGGAGUUGGUUCCUAUUCGGUUUGCAAGAGAUGUAUACAUAAAGCAACAAAUAUGGAGUAUGCAGUAAAGAUUAUAGAUAAGAGUAAAAGAGACCCCACAGAGGAAAUAGAAAUCCUACUUCGAUAUGGACAACAUCCAAAUAUUAUUACUUUGAAAGAUGUUUAUGAUGAUGGAAAAUAUGUAUAUCUAGUAACAGAACUUAUGAAAGGAGGAGAACUUUUGGAUAAAAUCCUUAGACAAAAGUUUUUUUCUGAAAGAGAAGCCAGUGCUGUCUUACUGACAAUAACAAAAACAGUUGAAUAUCUUCAUGCACAAGGGGUGGUGCACAGGGACCUAAAACCCAGCAAUAUCCUUUAUGUCGAUGAAUCAGGCAAUCCAGAAUCAAUUCGAAUCUGUGAUUUUGGGUUUGCAAAGCAAUUGAGAGCUGAGAAUGGCCUUCUAAUGACUCCUUGUUACACAGCAAAUUUUGUUGCUCCUGAGGUUUUAAAAAGGCAAGGCUAUGAUGCCGCAUGCGACAUAUGGAGUCUUGGUGUUCUUCUUUAUACGAUGCUGACUGGCUACACUCCUUUUGCAAAUGGUCCUGAUGAUACUCCUGAAGAAAUUUUGGCACGAAUAGGCAGUGGCAAGUUCUCUCUUACUGGUGGAUACUGGAAUUCUGUUUCUGAUACAGCUAAGGACUUGGUUUCAAAAAUGCUUCAUGUUGAUCCCCAUCAGAGAUUGACUGCUGCCCAAGUCCUAAGACAUCCAUGGAUUGUUCAUUGUGACCAACUGCCUCAGUUUCAAUUAAAUAGGCAAGAUGCUCCACACCUCGUGAAGGGUGCCAUGGCUGCUACAUACUCAGCAUUGAACCGCAAUCAGUCUCCAGUUUUAGAGCCAGUUGGCCGUUCUACCCUCGCUCAACGAAGAGGCGUCAAAAAAAUUACCUCAACUGCUCUGUGAAGUGACCUCAUCUGAAAAAUGUGGUACCAUAAUAAGAUGAUAGCACAAAUCAUGGCAACAGGUAGCACAUAUCCGAAGUACCUGCAAGCACACUGUUCCCGCUGGUACCUGUUAUGCUGCUGCUCCUGCUUUCAUCUUUUUCCCCCUCUUUAAACUCUUGAUGAAAAACAUUGCCCUCCAGAUGGAAUAUACUGUCAAAUCAAUGGAAAAGGAACUGUUCAUGAAGACGAAGUAGAAUUCUGAACACCUCUCUUCUGUCACAUUAAAUACACUGAAUAAAGCACUUGACACCAAUAACAUUAUUUUUAUAGGCAAUGUUUCUUCUCCCUUAAAAAUAUUCUUCAUUACAUGUGUGGAUGGACAGUUUAUGUUAAGCACUUAGCUUAAACGAUAUGUUUAUAUUAGCACUAUAUAAUUUGUGCCAUCCAGCAUUUUAUAUGUUUUUGUAAACUUUUCAUAACAGUACAUUUUUGCACUGUUUCCUUUGAAAUGCCUUCUAUUUAGACUAAUCAAUUUUGGGAAUUAAAUCUGAUUAAAAUGGUUAAUCAGAAUGUUUGGACAUCUCUAAAACAGCUUGACUGUUAAACAGCUAUUGAAUGUAAUUCUGUGAAUGUUUUUCUUUGCCUGUGUCUUUCCACAGGCACUUUGUUGGAAGUAAUGGGAAACUAGAGCUGUUGUGGCAUUCAAUGGCGUAAGUUUCUCACUGUCGCUCAUGCAACCAGCUCUGUAUUAAAGCAAAAAACAACAACUAAUUGUAUGUUUCCACUGUGGAUAUCUUCUUUUGGACAUUGGAAACCUUGGAAAAAUUGUUUCAUUUCAGUUCCUUUUAGUUAUAACUGAUAAUUCUUUUAAUGUUGCUGCUUUAAGUGCAAGGGAAAUUCCUGCUCAACAACAAUAGCAUGAGAAGUGCCGAGUUCGAAGCUAAAACAGAGCUUUGUCCAGUAAUAGCUAAUUAGAAAAAUGUAUUGAGUUCAGGAAGACAUCAGUGGCAAGUCUGUUGCAUUUUGGCUGCUUUAGCUAAUUUCAAAACCAAAUCAGAAACCAAAUGAGAUGUGAGGUGAAUGGGAUGUGCCCAGUAUCUUCAAUCUAUUGAUGGUGAUUCUGCUGUCAAAACUGGGCUUUUUAUUAGCAUUGCUGCUCUGUAGACUAGCACCAUUUGUAUUUAUGGAAUAUAAUAACAAUCUAAGCAAUCAAACAUACAUACAGACUUUAGGAAACCCUGUUGAACACAGCAGAACCUAUUUCUUGGCCUUGCUUCCAUUUUCACAGGAAGAGAAAUGGUCUCUGUCCAACUUAUCAUUUUGACUUGACUGGGGUGCUUGUUUUGUAGGGAAAUACUGAAGUUGCAUUAUGAAGAAUACAGUGUUGUGAAGAACAAUAUGAUUUUGAUGAAUUAUCCCAGUGUUCUGCCAAAGAAAUUAUUUUUAUGUAAUAAUAUUUCUCUGUCUUGUAUUUUGUCAAUGACUUAGUUUCAGUUUAUAGUGUGAAAAAUUAAGAUGGAAAACAGAAGCAAAAUAGGUAGUAAUAGGCUUGUCUUUCCUGUCAACACUGAGUCUCACAGUCUUCCUUUUGCUUUUGUAGUACUUUCCAUCACUUUACCUCAUGCUUAUGCCUUACACAUGUAUACUAUUUUUGGCUUUAUUUUGUCAGGUUAUCAUAGCAUUUAUUUAUAACUGGUCAUUUAAAAGUCAAUAUACCUUUUUCUGUCAGCAUCAGAAUAGUUUGCAUUUAUCCUUUUGCUCGUAAUUCUUCUAGAAGCCACUAUGUUAGACACCCAGGGGCCUUUAAGUAAUACCUUGCUGUUGGUUAGUUCUUCUGAAAUCCAGUUUUCUUCUGUUACGCUUGAAAAUUCUUCAGAUUUAUUUUUGCAUACAAACUUUGUUGCAGUGAUAAAUCCAAAACUGGUGUUCUCUAAAUUAUGACCUCACUGCUGUGAAAAAAGGAAGUUGUUACUUAUGAUGAUGAUGAUUUUUCUGACCACUUUAUAGUGAUGUAAUAUUACUUCAUUGCCUGGAUGAAUACCUGAUACUCUUUAUUCCUCUCUUAUAUGAUUUGGAGUUUUCCUUGCAAAGAAUGAACAAUGUAGAUUGUCACAGUUGGUUUUUCUUUGUUUGAUCUAUAAGAUAUUUGAUCAGAUUAUUUUUAUUUCUCAACUCAAUUUUUCAACAGAUUAAUAUUUUAGCUCUGCAGCUUGGAAUAUGUGCAAUUUAUUAGAGUAUUCAUUAACUACAGGUUUAUUAUGAAAGUAAUACCUCUGAAGUUCAUAUGAUGCAGAGCAUAAUGACAUACACAUUCUGGUGUGGUUUUAGAUUUUAAAGAGCUAAAAAGCUGAACAUAUUCCAAUGGAAGCAUAAAACUUAAAGCAGUAAAAAGAACAUGAGUACAUUAUAUGAUUUCCUGUAAAAUUAGGUUUAUUUUGGUGUUAUCAUGGAUGGACUGGUUGCCAUUGGAACAUGCCUAUCAUGUUUUUAAAAUGGGUAAGAAUGCUGUGAAACACUCAGAACUAUUGAUAGAAAAUGUUGCAAUGUCUUUAGAAAUUCUUCUUAAAGAAAAAAUAUAAGUCAUUGGUUGCUUAUUGGUAAAGCUUAGGUGACAAUAAGUUGUAAUUCAAGAAAAAGCUUGGGAAAAUGCAGCAAUAUCAGUAACCUAUGGUUCUUACUGCCAGUUUUCAGAAUUUAGCUAAACAAAUCUAGUGUGAGGGUAGCGAUUUUUCAGGAACUACUUUGUUAUGGAGGCAUUUUAUCAGGUGUUUUAAGGGUGCUAGUCCUUUUGCACUUUGCCGUAAUGUCUCACUAUAAUCAUAAUUUUAUUUUUGUAGAUAGAGGCUUUUCAUUUUCCAUUCAGCUUCUCUCAGAAAAGAAGUCUGAUAUUUAAAUUAUCACUUUAAAAUGUUAUGUUUGCAAAAUAAUGUGUGUUAGAUUCAGGCAUAUCUAUUCAUAGACUGUUUAUUUGGGCUUUAUUUCAACCCGUUUCUAAAUCAGUGUCACUCAGGCUGGAAUCUGAAAUACAUGUUCUGGGCAGCAGUCCAUAAUGAAUACAGUAGUAAAUCCUACUGUAAAUCCCUUUGAUUAAACAUGCAACCAGAUUAUGUUUGACCUCCUCUUUGGACAUUUCCAAGUGACCCAAGAAAAAUGUGAAUUCUGUCUCUAUUAUUACCUUACCAAUUGUCUUUUUCUUACACAGACAUAAGGACCCUUUCCUUUACCUGAUCUCUUCUUUACAAUUUAGCAUUUUGGUCAAUGUUUUGUAGCAAUAAUCUUGACUUCUUUCAAACAAGACAUAUUCAAACUUUAAGAAUUUCAGCUUUUCUUUAACCAUGUAAAACAUUUUUUAAAUCCUUUGAACUCAUUUUACAUCCCAGUGUGAUCACAACACAUUCAGAAUGCUAUUUAAGUAUAACAUUAGGCAAAGUUUGCCCUUUUCUUAAAAGUCUCUGGCCCUUUAUCUGCCAUUCCUUUGGUCAACUUUCUUAAACAUUUACAACUAAAGUACUAUAUGAGAGAGCAUUAGAAAAUACAACUGAAUUGAAAAAGAACAUGGUUUUGAAAUUUCUGAGAGUAAUAACCAGGCUACACUACUAUCACUUUGCUGCAUUUCUCCUUUGGAUUGCUGAUUCAACCACAGUUUCUAAAACAGAAAAAGUUACUAUAACAUAUUCUAUACUCUCCUUUAAUUCUUGAAACUUUCAAUUAGAUAGCUAAACAAUAUAAUAAAUGAUUACUUGUAGUUUCAAGAUCAGGGCAAAAGAAAACAGAUUUGCUAUUCUUACCCUUGUUAGAUUAGCAGCCUAGUAAAGAGUAAACACAUACAAUGUUUAAAACUGAUUUUUAAAUAACAAAAUCAGGGUGUAAGAAAAUAAACAUAGUUUUUUUGUUAUUGUACAUGUAGAUCAACCGAAGCAAUGCUUUUCUGAUAAUGAAAAGGUUUUUAAAGCAUGUCAAUCCUUCAUAAGCAGUAAUGAAUAGCUUUUAACUCAUGAAAGUGUAUAUGCUAGCUUUAUCUUGAUAUGUCUGACCUAAUCAAAGGGAAAAUACACUCAUGAGGGAUGUAAUUAUUUUACAGUUUUAGUGAAGGGGUGGGGAGGGAAUCUACGUAGAGAUUUUUUUUAAUAUCAGAAAAAAAUAUUUUUCUACACUUCUUUACAAUCAUUCUUUAUAAUGACUUCUUCAGCAUGGCAUGCAAGUCUGAGAUACAGUGUCAGGAAUUUGACUGUGCUAUAUCUUUAGAGCAAAAAAAUUAAAAUAGCAUCUGACAGGUGCUUUAUAUUAGCAUCAUGGAACUGAAAUGUUGGUUGUGUUCUUUGUCAUCAAGUCAACUUUGACUAAUGGCAACCCUGUGAAUGAGCGAGGCCUCCAGAGGCAACAAUGUACUGUUUUACUGAAAGCUAUGUAUGUUUCCCAGAAUACUGUAUAUGUGUAAUCAGAAUUGUUCCAGACAUAACCACAGAAGAGCCUGGAAAAAUUACUAUUGCUUGUAUCCUUGUCAAAAUGCAAGUUUUGUAGUCUUCAAAAGAAGCCGAAUUUAUACAGCAAGUAAACUUUUAAAACUA